AAGCAGCCUGGCAUAAAGGCUGUCAUGUUUUAUCAGAGCAAGAAAAAAGCUGGGUGUCUUCAUCACACACCUGGGUGGAGAAGAUUAUGCCUUUUGUUUUAAAGUGAUGAAGAUGAGUUAUAUGAUAUUGUUCAAGUCUGAACAUAAAACUUUGGGUCAUGCAACACAUAAAGUAGUUCACCGUUCAAAGGAUGUGGCUGCUCAUGUGCCCAUGUGUUCACCACAGUCACAGUGCGCACCAGUGAUCAGGGAUCCAGUUACCAACUUCGCCGACACCGGCCCACGUGACUCGGGUCCUCCUCAUUUUAAAAAGAGAGCUGCUACCCUGCAAUCCCCCUCCACAGCUUCAAAAGAGGUGGUAAAUGCUUCCUAUGUGCCAGAUGACCGACUUUCACACCUUUUGCACCUUCUGUGUCAGAGGGACAUCCACUCGUGGAGAGCGCGCGCCUUCAUCAAAGUCAGCCGUCUGCUGAUGCUGCUCCGGACCAACUCUUUUCUGUUUCACUAAUAUUUCCUCUCUGAUAAAUUGGCGUGCAUCCUGUGAGGUUGCCAGAUUGGUGUCUUCCAUCUUUGAUCUGCUGGCUGAGGAUGGUAUCGGACCAAAGGAGCGCAUUUCGAGCCUCAGUUUUACUGGCUUGUGUGAUAAUCUGCAGCAACGUGCUAUGUCCCGUUGGUGCCUAUCUGUACAACAACCGCUACGCAGGUGAUCAAGUCUUCAGGAUCACUCCCAGUGAAGAUGAGGAGGUCCAAGUGCUCAAGAAAAUCCUGGGACACAUGAAGGUGGACCUCUGGCAGCCCAACAGCGCCACUCUCAUCAGUCGAAAUGCAACAGUGGACAUCCAUGUGAAACGCAAUGACACUUCUGGUUUACAUACACGCUUAAAGAAGGAACGUAUUGACUAUCGGGUUUUUAUCUCCAAUCUACAGAGUGAAAUUGAGAAGCAGACAGGAUACCGUUCCUCUCGCAGGCGGAGGAGGUCAGAGUCUCAGUAUGACUACGAGGUGUACCAUUCUCUGGACGAGAUCCAGAGCUGGAUGUUUGACAUGAACAGAACCUACUCAGACCUGGUGGACAUGUUCUCCAUUGGGAAGUCGUACGAAGGACGACAGCUUUAUGUGCUUCAGCUAGGAAAGAAAAGUCGUCAUCAGAAGAAAGCCGUGUGGAUCGACUGUGGUGUCCACGCUCGAGAGUGGAUAGGACCUGCCUUCUGUCAGUGGUUUGUCAAAGAGGCCAUCAACUCCUUCCAGUACGACUCUGUGAUGAGACGACUGCUCAACCAGCUGAACUUCUACAUCAUGCCCGUUCUCAAUGUGGAUGGAUAUCAAUUCAGCUGGACCACGGAUCGAUUCUGGAGGAAAACGAGGUCCAGAAAUCACAAGUUCCACUGCCGAGGGGUGGACGCUAAUAGGAACUGGAAGGUGAAGUGGUGUGAGGAAGGAGCCUCCUCUCAUCCCUGUGACGACACCUACUGCGGUCCCUUCCCUGAGUCCGAACCUGAAGUCAAGGCCGUUGCCAAGUUCUUGCGGAAACACAAGAAACGUGUCAAAGCGUAUAUAUCCAUCCACGCCUACGCCCAAAUGCUGCUGUACCCGUAUUCCUACAAGUAUGCCACAAUCCCCAACUUCAGCUGCGUGGAGUCAGCAGCUCAUAAUGCAGUGACAGCCCUCUACUCUGCUUAUGGAGUCAGGUACAGAUAUGGACCUGCCUCAACAACUCUGUAUGUGAGCUCAGGAAGCUCCAUCGACUGGGCCUACAGAAACGGGAUCCCGUAUACGUUUGCGUUCGAGUUGAGGGACACGGGAUACUACGGUUUCCUCCUGCCUGAAUCCCUGAUCAGCCCAACAUGCACUGAGACCAUGAGGGCGGUGAAGGCCAUCGCAUCAGGCCUGCUGAAAAAGUGCGAGAUAGACAGAGACAGAUUUCCAUAUAUAUGACCGCACUGCCACCCUCACUGUUCCUUAUCUCAACACCUCAUAUUCCUGUGAGAUUUCAUAUUCCUCACAGAUAUUAUCAGGCGAGGUGCUGAGAAAAACCAGCAAGGCAUGAAUUUUAAUUUGCUCUCCUUGUUUUUGAGGUUGUCGGCCUUAUUUCCCUCUUCUGAUAAGUUAUGGACUGGUGGUGGUUUUUUUUUAUUUAUGAUCAUCCUCUUUAUGUACAUCCAGGGCAUCCUACUGGACCAUUCAGCGUCCACACAGACAAAAGUCUAACACAGAACUUUUCUGGACAUAAUCUUUUUGAGGUAAAUGGUGGUCAUGUGAGCACUUGUCAUAAUACAACAGCACUUUUUUAAAGUAACACCUGAGAAUUGAAUGUUUUAAGUGAAACAACCUCGACACAGAAGCUAUUUUUAUGAAUGAAGCCCAAUCGUUGUGUUUUAGUUUUAGAACCAAGUGCCAGUAAAGAUUUUGGACAGUAAUGUUAAUGUAUUAAUGCCUUGAUUACUGCAACAUUGUUGGUGUUUUGAAUAUAUUAUCAAUAGACAAUCUGGAGUUUAGUUUACUGAGAAGUUUGUAUUAUUUUUUUAAAGACUGUAACUUGGAAAGAAUGACCUGUCACAUUCCUGUGUCAUUAUUUCUCAGGUAAGGAUCAAUGACAGAGUCAGAAAUGUUUACUUCUGUCAGCAUAUGUGCUUUAUUACUCCUGAUAACUGUAUACUAUCUGACUUGAAUAAAUGUUGUUUUAUAACAGUGA